GUACGUGUACUUUUCUCCGCUUUCGUUUAAACCGAUGCGCUCCGUUUGCGCAUCGCUCGCGCGCGCAACACACACGAGUUACUCGCAAUCAAACGGUCCUGUUCAAACGCGAGCUGACUUUUUUUUUUUUUCUUCACGAGAUACAGUUUGACAAGCGCCGCUGGAAGGGUGAAAUUUCGAAAGGAUGAUUAAGAGAUCGCAAAGGAAAUAUUCCCUUCAAGAAUCAUUCAGUGACAAUGAUCGAGCCACCUGACUGUUGAAAAAGUGUGUUGUUUCUCGGAAGAAAUUCGUAGUGUGGAACAGGAAAAAAUCGGUAGAUAGUGACGUGGUUAUCUUGGAAAAAUAAAGUGUACGACGGCUGAUAUGAGCGAAUACAGGAUCUUUCGUGACGUUAAACGAUCGAGUUACGGCCUAGUCGAAACAAAUCCCGUCGAUUAACCGGCACGCGAUACGCCGGAAACGCGAUUAAAACACAGUGCUUCCUUUUUUUUUUUUUCGUUCGUUCGUGGCGCAGAGAAAAGCGACAGGUUCGCGUGAAAAGUGAAACGAAGCUGGAUACAGGAAAAGGAGCGAGCGAACGGAAGGUGGGAAAAGAAAAAUGUGGUGUCACGUCCUCGCCGUCAUCGUCGCUUUGUUCACUCUCGUCUACGCUCAAGGGGGCCCGCGGACAUUUUCUGCUAGGCCUUACCGAGGAGGACCAACCCUUGCAACCAGAGCAGUACUUCAGGGUACAGCAGAAUUACCAUGCGACAUUACACCCCCACGACAAAAUGAUUCUGCAAUUCUGGUUAUAUGGUAUAGAGAUGAUAUUACACCUAUUUACAGUUAUGAUAUAAGAGGCAAAUAUUCUGAAAAAGCUUCUCAUUGGAAAGACAAAGAUCAUUUAAAUGAUCGAGCGUUCUUCAGAACAAUCCCAGAACCAGCAGCAUUAAAUAUCAAUCAUAUCGAAGAAAAAGACGAAGGUGAAUAUAGAUGUCGGGUAGAUUUUGCUAAAAGCCCAACCAGAAAUUCUAGGAUUCAUCUAACAGUAAUAGUACCACCCCAUAAACCAAAUAUCAUUGAUGCACAUGGGAAAACAGUGUCAACCAUAGCAGGUCCAUACGACGAAGGAGGAGACAUGAAAUUGCAGUGUCUGGUCACAGGGGGUCGACCCGAACCAAAAGUAAGAUGGUGGCGUGGAGAAAUGCUUCUUGAUUCGAAAGACGAGCCUGGAGAAUUUCCUUCUCUUCGUAGAAAUACAUUAAUAAUUCGGGAACUUUCCAGAGCUGAUCUCCAUGCAGUAUUUACUUGCCAAGCAUCUAACAACAAUAUCAGUCAACCUGUAUCUGCCUCUGUUGCUAUUGAAAUGCAUUUAAAACCACUGAGUGUAACGAUAUUAAGCAGUGAACAUGCACCUCUAAGUGCUGAUCGAAAGUACGAAAUAAAUUGUAUGAGUGUUGGUUCAAGACCUCCAGCUAAGUUAUCGUGGUACAUGGAUGGAAAAAAGUUGAACAAUUACACCGAGAAGGUUUCUCAGGAUGGUAAUAUGACUAGUUCUCUAUUAACGUUCAAACCAACUUUACUUGACCAUGCCAAAGUAAUUAAUUGCCGAGCAGAAAAUCCUAAGGUUCAUCGAGGUGUAGCCGAAGACGAGUGGAAACUAAAUGUUUUUUUUGCACCAAUUUUACAUCUGGAGUUGGGGUCAAAUAUGAAUCCAGACGACAUCGAAGAAGGUGACGAUGUGUACUUUGAAUGCAAGGUGCAUGCUAACCCCGAUGCUUAUAAAGUAGUAUGGAAACACAAUGGAAACGUAAUUCAAAAUAAUGCGAAAAAUGGCGUGAUAGUACAGCAAUACGGUUUGGCUUUGAGGGAGGUCAAUCGCUCUCAAGCCGGAAAUUAUACUUGUAUCGCAAGCAAUGUCGAAGGAGAUGGUUACAGUAACAACGUGGAACUUAAAAUUAUGUAUAAACCAAUUUGCGUGCCGGAUCAGAAACGGAUCUACGGUGUAGCACGUCACGAAGAUGCACGAGUAAUUUGCAGGGUCGAGGCGUAUCCUCCACCAGACAGCUUCCGCUGGACUUUUAAUAAUACAGAAGAGAUGGUAGAUGUGCCACAAGCAAGAUAUAAAAACUCUACACGACACACUCAAAGCGUUCUCACAUAUCGACCAGUCACAGAAAUGGAUUACGGCACUGUAUUUUGCUGGGCAAGUAACACUGCUGGUCAGCAAAAGAAUGCCUGUGUGUUUCACAUCAUUCCUGCGGGGAAACCUGAAUCCCCGUAUAAUUGCACCUUGUCAAAUCAAACAACUGAAUCACUCUCGGUGGAGUGUACUGCUGGCUUUGAUGGUGGUCAACCCCAACAUUUUCUUUUGGAAGUUUUUGAUCAGCACACGGGAAUGCUGCAAGCAAACCUCACAUCCAAAGAGAAUGCUGCCUUUACAGUACAAGGUUUAGAAUCUGGCAAAGUUCUUAAAAUGAUCCUGUACGCUGUAAAUGCAAAAGGAAGAAGUGAACCAACCCUUCUGGAAGGAUUCACUUUGAAGGUUGCAGAAAAACAGACUGUACGUGUUCUGUUCACAGGUACUCCGGUACCUUUCGAGAUCACCUCAUUAUUAGGCGUAUUGGUCGGAGUGAUUACCGCGCUACUUUUGGUUACCCUUACUAUCCUGGCAGCUAUGAAAAUUAGAAAUGAAAGAAGAACUCAAAGACCAAAUGAUUUGCCAUUAAAGAAAGGAACAGCGCCAAGUUCUGAGGACCUUUACGAUACUGACGACAGAAACCCUGACGUCGUGCCAGUAAAUAAAGGUUCGGAUUAUCAAUUAACGGGAUCAAUAUCUGGCACACCUUUGGCUACACAAAACACCCCAGACGGACUUAUCUCAACUUCACUUUCUAUUCAGCAAGUGAAUCAUCUACAAGGGUUGUCGCCUUAUUCACACGAGUACAAUAAUUAUCCAACUUUGCCGUUGUCAGGAGAGAUAACGUACGCCGAAUUGUGCCUGGCACGGCCAACAACCUUAUCAACAUUAGCGAACGACACGAAGUUAACGAGCAUAAGCGGGAUCGGCAGUUUAAGUACACUUCCGGCUUAUGGAAGCGGAGUAAUCGUAGGUGGUAAACCGUACACGAAAGAAGCGACGAUCUAUGCUUGCAUAGAUCACAACGCAAGACCACCAAAGGUUGAUGUCUCUAAUUCAUCGUCGUGUGCAUUAACGCCUUUAUCGACCAAAAGCACGUUCCAGGAGUUGAAUGGUGCUACAACGAAUAAUAAAAAUCCCACGAGAGAAGUGGUCACCGUUCGUACGCCAUUGAUAUCCACUCAAGAAAGUUGUGUAUAGGGCUGCGAUUUUGACGCGGUCAACGUCAAUGAAUAUUAUGUUUAAUAUUACGACGAUGACACGCGUCUAGUUACUGUACGAUGAUGGUUUGAUUAACCGUUUGUCCUACGAUAAGACAUAUAUGAUCUUCGGUAUGCGAUAAGCGUGUAAGGUAGUCAAAAAUGAGAUUCAACGUCAGAUGGACUGAUCAAUUUUAAAUUAAUCGGUAGCGAAGGGAAUACAACGGAACAAUGAGUUUUUUAAAUAUAUCAAUAAUAUAAAAAUGAAGUGAUAAUAAUAUUAAUUUUUUCAUUUUUUCAAGGAUAUUGAUUAAUUUUACUUAAAUUUCGUCGAUAAGACUGAUUUGAGUGUUUCACAACUGUUCAUAUAUACAUAAAUAUAUAUAUAAACCUUGAUAUUUUUUAGUUAACAAUGUCAAUAAAUGUUAUACAAUAAACUUGACAAGAAUUUGCCAAUGAUUGAUGUAGAUAUGGCAUAAUUAUGUUUCACUGAAUUAAGGUACCACUAAUGUAAGAGUCUAGCAGGACAGCUAAUUAUGAUUCAAUAAUUUAACUUUAAGACCUUUUGUGUAUAAUAUUUGAUAUGUACACUAAAUGAUACGAGUGAUAAUAAAUUUUAAUUUUUAUCGAUUUUUAUUUAAUAUAUAUAUAUAUGUUCGUAUGUGUCGAAUAUUAUAACAAAAUGUGUAUACUGUACACAGAGAACAUGAUUAGAAUACAUGAAAUAUGUUUUCUAAUUUUAGUUUAUUUUGCUUACCCACACUUUGAGAUUCAUUUUUGUAUGUGUACAUAUAAUUUGUAAAUAUAUUCAACAUAUCGUAUUUUACACAUUUUUGUUUUGUUUCAAGGGUGUCCCAUGCAACUGGGCUAAGACAGUUUAAAAAUAGUAAAAGGUAGAUGAAAAUUAAAUUUGAAAUGCAAUUUCAUUUAAAAAGUUUUUUUUGAAUUUUGUACUUUUCUCGAUGGCAGUCAUUACAUCAUAUUAUUCCCUACAAAAAAUUAUUACAGCACUUGGUGGAAAAUUCAGUAGUUUAAAAAAUAUCAUAGGGAGAGACCACGAGGCUCUCUGUGUCUCUCCCUAAGAUAUCUUUUGAACCAAUGAAUUUUCGACCAAAGUACCUUAAUACUUUUUUGUAAAGAAUAAAACGACGCUUCGACUGACAUAUAGAAAUGUAUAGUUUCAUUGAAAAAAACGUAAUUGACUUUGAGAUCUUUGGAACAUCUCCACUUCCGGCGCACAGACAUACACCACGUGAUACUCCAUUCGACACCAUUUAAUUAUUCGUUAAGACAUUUACUUGUAUCUUUCACCAUAUUGAAAUUAUAGCUUGACCCAGUUGCAUGGGACUCUCUGUAUCUAUGCCCACGUAUAAAUUAAUUUUGUAUCUCGUAUCUGCAUAAAGAAAAGAUUAUUUAAUCUUUAUUAUUUAGGUUCGUGUGUAUACAUUAAUUCGCUCUGUAUUUACGCUAAUUUUAAGAUAAUAUACUUAUUGCAAACGUAAUUAAUAAAUGCGUGAUGUAAAUAUGGUUAAAGUAUGAAAACUGAUGAAAAAAUAAAGAAUAGAAAUGUUUCAUAGUCUUUUUUAAGAAAGAUAUCUGAGGUAUGAAUUCUGAUUGGAAAUUUCUGAAAAUAAAUCGGGAUUUAAGUAUGUAUAAAUUCGUAAGUAUAACUAAUUAUGUAAAAAAGAAUUCAAUUUCAAAUAUCAAAAAUAUCAAAUUGUAUUGUAAAUGUGUCAAAUUUUAUUCAGAGAAGAAUAUAAUAAGGAUAUAUAAUAUACAGGGUGUUUUAAAAAGUAUUGUACACUAGAAAUUAGGUACAGAUUUUAAGUUUCAAAAGAAAUCAAAAAGUUCUUUAUUAUUUUGGAAACUAGAAAAUUUCAUUUUUAAUAGCUUAUAUCCUAAAAGUGAAGCUGUAAAUUAUAAAUUAAUAAAAGACUUUGAUGUCUUCUCUUAUUUAAAAUUUGUAAUUCUUGUCGAUACAAUCAUUUUGAAAUACCUUGUAUAAUAAGUAAGAUUCUCAAAAAGAAGGCAUGUUUUAUGAUUCAUUUUUUUUACUUAGUAACAUCGCACAAAACAUCGUAUCAUAUGAAAACAUUAUCAGUUCAUUUAUUAUUGUAAUAAACACAUACUUCCACGUUUAUUUUAGUCACUAAGUUAUUAUGCAAUCUUGAGUGUAAAACAUUUAUAUAUCAGAAUUGCAAACGCGAUUUUUUAUUGCAUCUAUAAUUUUUGUAUUGAGUGCAAUUGCCAACGUUCGUAAAAAAGAAACACAUGUAAAUACUGUAAAUGCUCAUAAUA